GCGAAAGCGAGGGAAGAGAACGCAGGGAACGUGAAGGAACGUGACUGUAAAGCGUAGCAGUAGAACCCUUCCCGACCUGUACUCCUCUCGGUAAAGUCCUCUCGAGUCUCCCCAGGUGCCGUGAACCGGUCGGUAAUCAUGGUCGAUUGUACGUGCGGGAGAGGGGACGGACACGGGAAGGUGAGAAAUUUUCUUUUAUGCGCCGCGGCCGUGGCGGUUGCCUGCACCUGUUUGAGUGUGUUAUGCGUCCAGUUAAUUCAUAUCAAUAAUCUGAGGAUCGAGAUGACUGAACUGAAACAACGAGUACAGUCUUUGAAUGGGAGAGAAGGGGCCACAAGCAUCGCCGCGUGCUGUGAGACCACCGCUUGCUGCGGGCAGGUCUGGAGCUGUGAGAGACCCUGUCAUAAAGAGGUGGAUGGAGAGAGCAGGGGGCGUAGGGAAGUGUUGGCACGUGAGAGGAAGAGAAAGAGAAGACAGACAGAACCUCACACGUUUCUCCACCUGGUCCCUGUGUCCCCUAUACCACUUGAUGAAAGCGACAGCACAGUACUGACAUGGGCUCUAGGGUGGGGCCAGGGAGAAGGGCUACAGGCAUCCGGACGCACUGUCACCGUGGUAACCGAGGGUACUUAUUUCAUUUACAGCCAGGUUCUUUAUAAGGACAGUACAUGGGUCAUGGGUCAUGUAAUUGUGAAAAGGUUUAAGGGGUCAGAGGUCAAGCUGAUGAAGUGUCUAAAGAGCAUGCCCAGUAAUGCCAGCUUGGCCCUCAACACCUGCUACACUGCUGGUGUCCACUUUUUGGAGUCUGGAUCCGUUCUGGAACUUUAUAUUCCCCGCAAGUCUGCCGAGCUGGUCCUCAGUGCUCACGCCACCUUCCUGGGCAUCUUCAGAGUCUGACAAACAUGCAAGGGCACAAACGCGCGCGCUCGCACGCAUACAUGCAUACACGUACGCCCGGGCCCGCGCACCCAGUCUCCAUAGUAUUUUCCUAUUUCGCAUUAUCUUUAAAUAAUGCUUGCAUACGUUGAAUAAUCCCGUACACAGCUCAUUAAUGAUCGCAUGACCUCUAGCGGACAAACAAGGUAUAAUGGUACUGAAGUAAAAUACUAUUGA